GUCAUUUUACAUGUGUAGUUUUAACAAAAUACACGAACACUUUUUGUUAGUUUUUGUUUCGCUUCUGAGGAGUUACCUUGAUGUGCAUAACCUAACACAUCCCUCAAUGCGUCAUAAAAUGGUAGAAGAUGGAUAGAGAGGAAGCGGAGGACACGCCUCCCACAAGUGAAGGUCAGGGGUCAAGGUCACCCGACCUGGGAGCGGGGUCACGGGUCAGUGAGCAGGCAAUUAACACCACCUUAACCAGCAUCACAGAGCUAAUCAAGCAGAAGAGACUUCAGGACGCCCUGGAAAAAUGUGAAAAAGCUGUCCAGCAGUGGGGCGGCCAUGAGAGCUUGCGCGAGAAGAAAAUCAAGAUCCUAUGUCUUCAGGGCCGCAUAGAAGACGCCUACAGCGAGGCACUCAUCUGGCUGCAGCUUGAACCAAGGAGUCCAAAAGCAAUUAAAGAACUAAAAAGACUGAAGGCCAUUCUUGAUGCUAUCAAAGACCAGGAGUCUGAGGAAGAGGGUGAGGUGGAGCCCCCCAUCCCCCAGGUGCAGUCCCCACCCACCCAGCGAGCAUCCUCCCCCAGCAACUCUCACAAUAAUAAUAAGCCGGCCAGUAGUAAACCAAGCAUCCCUGACCUAUCCUGUUCCUUCUGCAAUAUGACGUUUGAUACGAAGACUGACCUUGACACUCAUUGCCGUAGUGACGACCACAAGAAAAACAUCACAUCAGACGAGGGACACAGCUGGAAAUAUCGUCUGCCACCCCGAGGCCUCAUAGCUGAGGAUUACACACUGUGUCAGCGGUACACUGCCAAUGGACGAUGCCCGUACGCGGACAAAUGUAUCGAAGCACACUCCCCUGACGAGCUGGAAGAAUGGCGGGAACGAUUCAAGUUUAAACGACAACAGCUACAGAUGGCCAAGGACAAACAUCUCCAUGGUAACACAUACCCAGAACAGCUCAUGGAGAAACUCCUCACUGCAGAGUAUCCUAAGUCUGUGAUGGUAGCGAGUGUGGACUAUGCUAAGGUGAUAGUGAACUCUGAUCUCAAAGUGAACAUGAUCUCCAAGAAGUGUACACACGCAUGGACCUUCACCAUAACCAGUAAAAUCUGUAUCCUGCGUAUAGUGCUACUAGAUGAGGCAGUCAGCAACUACUUUUACAUCUCAAGUAUCUCCGUGGGCCCCAAGAAGACCCAGAAAUACCAGAACCUCGAGCCCCACUGUCAGGAGUGGAAGAACCCAGAAAUCACCAUCAACAGGCCGGGGGAAUAUGUUUACAGGGUUAAGGUUGUGUUCAAGACGGACAUCUAUGGAGCAUUCCGACAGACAUUGGUGUUUGACUUUGGCUCGGAGCCUGUGCUCAGUAGGGACAUGCACGUUGAGUCGGCCCCAGUCACGGACACUGAGAAGGUCCUGUCCGAGAUACGCCUCAGCCAACAGGGACGAUGGCACACAGACAAAGUCAACAUAGUUGAAUACAAACAAAAAACCCCAGAUGAUGACAAGUCCCUAGAGCUGUUGAAGAAGUACUCACUGCCGGAGAUGAGCAAGUUUCGGUUCUCCGAGCACCUGAUGCAGUCUCCGACCAAGGAGAACUACCGACUUUGGAUGCACCAGAUGCUCUAUGUGGAGGAACUGGCUCAGAUUGAUAAGAUUUCAAAGUUCAACAUCACAACAUCACUCCAACUGGUGAACCGGUUCCUGCUGAUGCCUGGCUCCCUGUCCACGGCCAAGUUUGCCCAGGAUGGGGAGCUGUUUGCACGUAUGAAGCUCGAGGAUGACCUCUCUGUGGACUCGGUCGCUGGACGACUGAUUCUCAAGAGUACCAACCUAGUGUGGCUCGCCCCACAUAAGACAGGAUCCAAGAAUAAUGCCCUACCCAAGAAGGUCUAUGAAGCUGUGAUAGAGGACCGGGGAAAGAACUUUAUAUUUCUGCGACUCUCUCGGGAAUGUGUCGAGGAACUGGAGCUUACAUGUGACCAGGAGUUCUCCGUAGAAGUUCAAUUCCAGCUGAACCGCCUGCACUUCUGUGAGAUGCACCAUGCUGUGGACGCCCUCUCCACCCUCGAUAUCGUGUUCCCCGACACGGAAAUCCUCAAUAAACUCCCAAGCGUGGAUGACUGGAAAUGGAAGGAGGAUGUUGGCGAAAAAACAAAUGAAAAUCAAAGGGAGGCAAUCAUGAAGUGUGCGGCCUACUCCCAUAUGGCAUUACCUCCCUUACUUAUUGUGGGUCCAUUUGGCACGGGGAAAACCUACACCCUCGCGCAGUGUGCAAAACAUGUCCUUCUGGAACCAGAGACAAGAAUAUUGAUAUGUACUCAUUCUAAUAGUGCUGCAGACAUCUACAUCAAGGAGUUCCUCCACCCAUCAGUAGAGGAAGGCAAUGAGGCUGCUCGUCCCCUUAGAGUGUACUACCGACAUCGGUGGAGACAGACCGUCUCCCACACCGUAUUGCUUUAUUGUAUACAGGAACAAACUGGGCUACUGGCGGGAACAUUCAGGGCACCAACAGUGGAGGAUGUGGAGAACCAUAGAGUUGUUGUGACUACACUGGGAACUGCCAGGCUUCUGUCAGACCUCAAUCUCCCUGAGGGUUUUUUCACUCACAUAUUCCUGGAUGAGGCUGCCCAGGCCCUGGAGUGUGACAUGCUGAUCCCCCUCUCGCUGGCUGGGCCCAAAACCAGGGUCGUACUGGCAGGAGAUCACAUGCAGAUGAGCCCGGAGGCUUUCUCAGAUUUUGCGCGACAGCAGCAGUUCCACAAAUCUCUCCUGGAGCGUCUGUACGACAUGUACCCAGACAACAGCCCAUGUAAAGUGAUGCUGUGUGAAAACUACCGGGCCAACAGGGCCAUCAUUGAGUUCACAUCCGAGCUGUUCUAUGAUAACAAGCUGAAGGCAUCCAAGGACCCCAUUGCCCACAGUGUUUACUACCCACUGACGUUCUUUACAGCUCGGGGAGAGGAGGUCCAACAUGAAAACAGUUCUGGAUACUUUAAUACUUCUGAGAUCUACGAGGUGAUAGAGCAAGUCGAGCACCUUCAGAAACACUGGCCUGCUGACUGGGGAGAGUUUGAUGAGAACAGCAUCUGUGUAGUGGCCCCAUACUCUGACCAGGUGAUGCACAUCAGAAGCGAACUGAGAAAAAGGAAGAUGUUCAAAAUUGCUGUGGAGAGGGUUGUCAAUGUUCAAGGAAAGCAGUUUCGCGUGAUAGUGAUGAGCACCGUGCGUACGCGGCAUACAUGUUCGACAGAUGCGAGCGCGACAGAUAAACUGGAUCUUGGCUUCCUGUCGAACAUAAAGCUACUGAACACGGCCAUUACAAGGGCACAGUCUCUCGUUAUAGCAGUUGGGGACCCAGUCUCACUCUGCCUUGUGGGAAGAUGCAGCAAAGUAUGGGAGUACUACCUGGAAGUGUGCAACGACAACAACAGUUUCUUUGGGAUGACGGGGCCCCACCUACGCUCCCUCCUGAACAACGUUGAGAUGACCAAGACAUACAAUCUCAACCCCCUCGCCCCGGAGUUCAUCCCUAAGGCUGUGUACCCUGGCCAGCAGGGGCAGCCUGUGUUCAUGGCCCCACACGCGGCCCAGGUGGGCUGGGCAGGUGGAACCAAUGCUUACAGAGGACUACCACAACAGAUGGUGUACCCUAGUCCAUACAUGCCUAUGCCUCUGUACCCUGGAUACGCAGGAUUCCACCCCUAUUACGGUCCCAUGGUGUACCGACAUCCAGCCCUCUACCAGCAGGGCCUGAUGGGGAAGGGGACGGGGAGAGGAGCUCUAGGCAGACAGAUGGGCUCACACAAGCCCAAGGUGCCUGCCCAGCAACCUAACCUGCCCUUGCAAAGAGAUGAUGAUGAGAAAGGCGAAUCUCUGAGAGCUGAACAAACCCCACCCCAGGGUACACCUCCUAAACAAAUAGCUACCACUCCUGUUACAACUGUGACCUCCAUGCCUGGUGUACUAGGAACUACCCCUCCUAAGAAAGGCACUUCACAUAAGAAAUAUGUAGCAGUGCCUGUGAACCCUCGUGUGCCAGGAAUGCCAAUGUAUCCACCUUACUAUGGCUACCCUCCAUAUUUGAUGCACCCACCAGAGGACCCAAGGCUCAUGCCAAUGGGAAUGCCACAGGCUCCAUAUUAUUACGCUUACCCUCCAAACGUACCUCGGGGGCACUACCCAUACAUGAUACCCCAGCCAGUGCAGGUCCAGAUCCCAAGGCAAAGUGGUUCAGGCAGCUUGUCCCCAGCAAGCUCCUCGGAUGACCGCAUAAGAAGGACCAGCGGCUCCUCCCCUACAGGCAGCAGUCAUUCUGACCCCCUGUCUGUGUCACCGGGGUCGUCGGCCUCCCAGCAGCAUGCGCAGCACAUCCAGCUGUUGCCAAAUGUUGUACAUGUGCCAAGCCACCUUCUCUACCCUACACACAACAGCGCUAACAACUCCAGGUCGAGUACCCCAGUACAGUCUAGCUCACCUGGGCCCCCCCAGGUACCUGUAAGGGAUAGUCCAAGAAAUUCCCAAGGGGAGAUAGAGUUUCCACAGAGAAGACACUAUAGUGGUCCCAGACCCGUUUCACAGAGCCCUAGUUAUAGUUCGCAGAGUUCUCACGAGAGCUCUGCUUCACCUACAUUGAAUGGAGAACAAUCAUUCACUGUUGCUAAGACUGAUACUAAGACCUCGAGUAGAAUUAGUCAAAGACUUGUUGUGAAAACGGAGAGUCGGUCAAAUACUAAAGCAUCAAAGCCAUUGACUCUUAACACUAACCUUAAUCCUCAAACGACUGGGUUCAGUCAGUUGUUUAAAGAUGAGCUUGGUACUCCUACAGAGGUGGCCAAUAUAGUGCGUAUGAUGGAUGAGGAGGAGAAUGUUGAAGAUGUCAAUGAUGAGGAAUUAUCCAGCAGAACUGCUGAUAGGCUGUUCCGUCAAGAGGCCAUGCACCAAAGCAAGCCCUCCCCUCCCACAGGGAGACUUUACUUGCACCUGCCCGUGCGCCCCGGGCCAGAGGAUAUGCCGGUCCAACCCCCGGGCACCUUGCCCCACCAGUUGCCCAUGCAUAGAGACAUACACGAGAUGGAGUUUGACCCUGCUCUUUUGGAACCCCAGACACCCAUGACCCCUGCAGGGUUCCAUACUCCCAACAUAGACCUUAACACUGACCCCCUGGAGAUUCUCCGCCAUCUCAAUAUUAAUAAUGACAACUUAAACAGGAGUACCCACGGGCACUUUUAGUUGGAUAGUUGAACUGUUUAUGGCUGUUGUCCAUUUGUUGUUUUAUUAUUGGCAAUGAGAUAAGUGCAUAUAACUCUGCUUUCCUCAUGUAGCCUCUUGUAGUAUAUAUAUCAGCGUUGAUGACCUACAUAUAGUUUAGAAUAUAUAACAAUAAAUGUUGUACCGUUUAGCAAAGUUCUUAAUUAUUAAAGCAAAUCCACCGUUUAUGAUGUGCUGUCUCUUUAGCUACAGUGGCUUGUGUAUAAAAUUUUAAGGUUAAAUUAUUUUAGUGCAAAUGAGUGCUUCAGUGCUGUAGUGUAUAUAAAUUAUAUAUCUGUAUGACAAUAGGGACGAAAAAUCGAGGGCUCAGCGCAACAGCCAUGGAACUCGAUAUAAAGAAGAGUUCCAUCUGUUUUGCACUGAGCCCAGAUAAUGGGUUUAUGUUCAAACAUGUAUCGGUAUUGGUGAUUAUUUUGUGACAUGUUUUGUUUAUAUCUGAUGUUACAUUUUUGGCUGAAGCAUUGUACGGAUUUUUUUUUCUGCUGGAGAGUUCAGUCAGAUUAGCUUUUAAGAAGAUAUGUUAAGGCCAAACAAAAAUAGUGCUGUGGUUACUGUUACAUCGGAGAAUAACAGGAGGCUUGGAAGGUAGAGAAAACAUGUUAUUUUGGACAAUUAGUAUUAAAUUGUUUAAGUAGUGUGUAUAUCGUUGUAUUAUUAGCAUACAUACACAUUUUGACAUUAGAGCUGCACUCUCACAGAUGGAUUGUUUUUUACUUGUAUUAAAAAGUGUGAUCUGAUAUAUUGUCGCCAGUCUUAUAUCACUGGUUUCCAGAUAUUUACAAAAAGAUUGGUUUAUUUCAAGACAAAAAUGGUCCAUCUGUGAGAGUGCAGCUUUGAUGUUGCAAAACAGUAGCACAGCGAAAAUAAACUGUUUCACCUCGUGCAAGUAAUAGUGCCAAAUGAUUUUUCCUUUCAAUUAUAGUAAAUUUAUUUGAUUUUUAAUUAUUUUGGCCAAAAAAUCAUUAGAGUAGGGACCUUAACUUGAUAUUGGUCAGGUAAUAAUAACCACAACAUCAUUUUUAUUUGGCCUAAAUAACUGUUAUUUAACUGUAGACUAUCAUAUUUACUAAUAUUGAUAUUGUAUUUUAUCAUUAUAGCAUACCUUUAUUAUUGCAUGUUGAGGGCUCAAAUCAAGGUGGACAUAAUUCUACAUAACCAUAGAAGGAGUGUGUACGUCCGUCUUGUGCUGAGCACUCAAACUCUGUGUAUUCAUGGUGUAUACAUUUUGCAUGCCUCUUUAUGGUGACUUAGUCUCUUCGAUGAUAUUCAGAAUAUUUUUAUCUUGUCAGUUUUUCAAGGAAAAAAGUCUAGGCAUUGUGAUAGUCUUGGUGUCAUUGUUCACGGCUUGCAUGAAUGUUUAACCUUGGCCAUACCUCCCAAUUCAUUCUAGGUAUUCAAUUAAAACAUGUACACAAUCAUGUUGCCAGAGACAAUUCUCAAUGUUCACCAAGGUCCAUAACUCUGGCUUUAGGAGUUAUUGGGUUUACAUCACCUUUUUUUACCUAUAACUAUCAGACAAGCGUUAAGGUUCGCUCUCUGGCUCUCUUGUUGACCUAUACACGUGGUGUAAAGCACUGAUCUACCAUAUUCUUUCUCUGAGGAAGAGUCUUGGCCAACUACAUGUACCUAUUGUAAUAGGUAGGAUUCAUAUUAAGAUGUAGAUCUAUAUUUUUGCAUAAAUGAGUCAAAGGAUAUUUGCUCAAUAUAUUUUGUUUAACUUCACGGGUGCAUAUAAUUGAGAAGACAAUGCAUCAAAAAAGUGCUUUAUUCUGAAAUCAGGUAUUUCGUCAUUAUCGGAAAACCAGCAAUUUUGAAAUGUAUGUUCUUUGCAUAACCAAAGCAACAUUCAUAGUAAGAGACUUAUAUAAUUACCUAGAUUGACAAACAUGCACCAUAGCAGGUUUUGUAUGUAUUAACAUGUUCAUGACUUGUGUUACAUUUUAUGUCAUGAGGUUCUGAUGACAUCAUUAUACACUGAUGUCAUCUAUUAAGGAAAUUCUUCGAUAUAUUUUCAUGUUACAUUUUAUGUCAUCAGGUUCUGAUGAUGUCAUUUAAGUACUCUGAUGUCAUCAUUUAAGGAAAUUCUUCAAUAUUUAUUCAUGUAACAUUUUAUGUCGUCAGGUUUUGAUGAUGUCAUUUUAAGUACUCGGAUGUCAUCAUGUAAGGAAUUUCUUUGAUAUUUAUUCAUGAAACGUUUUAUUUCAUCAGAUUUUGAUGAUGUCAUUUUUAGUAUCUGAUGACAUCAUUUAAGGAAAACUUAUAUAUUUUUUUCUUUGGCAAGCCAUGUUCACUUUACAAUACUUAAAGUAUUGUAUAUCUUAUAUCUUCAUUAUUCUCAUGUUUAUAUUGGUUAUAUUGAGUGUUAUGUUAGUUUAUAUGACCAUUGUACACAAUUUCAGCCGAAAAUAAGUUCUUCGGUUUUUCUAUGUAUUAAAAUGUUAACAAAUUACUAUGUAUAAGGCGCUACCGAAUUGAUUCCUUGUUUAGAGUCACCUUCCUAGCUAUUACAAGACAUAACCACGAGGCAGAAAAAUAACAAACAAAUUUUAAGAAAAGAACAAUAUUAUUUCCUAAAUUCCACCUCUCUGAGACAUAUAGCUUGGUGACAAGCUACCUGGAUAUGUAAAACUUUGGAUAUGUAAAACUUUGGAUAUAUGUUAAACUUUGGAUAUAUGUAAAACUCUGGAUAUGUAAAAAACUCUGGAGAUGUAAAACUCUGCAUUAUGUAAAACAUGAAAACAAAGGGAUGGUAUAUAUAUGGUAUAACUCUUUGUGUAUAUAAUUCUACACUUGUUUUAUUAUAUAGGCUUUGUAAAUGCAGUUUUCUUUUCUAUAUUUUGAUUUUUGUAAUUGGCACAAAGACCCUACCAGAACAAGCUAGAUGACGCUUAACAUAGAAUCAGUUUGGCAUUGUUUGAACUUAUUGUUAAUAUAGCAAUACACCUUUUUGGCGUUUUAAGGCUUACUUUGGCUUGAAGUUAGUAUCCAUUGGUCUAGUUUGUGUUAUAUUCCAUAUAUAGUCCUAUAUACAGAUGAUAUUAUUCGGUGUGUAUCUAUUGUAGACAUUGUAGUUUUAUGUCAUCUUCCAAUAGAUUGGACAGUUCGAGCCUCGGAGCUGAACUUGGGUAAGUGGAACAGUUUGGCGACCUUCACGUCACGCAAGGGCACUCUGCUGAGAGACGAUAAAGCGCAAUGGGUAUUAAUAACCUGACGAAAGUAAUGUAAAUGAUUCUGACCACCCAAAAGGUAGUUGGUUGGUGCUCACCUGAGCUUGAACAGUGGAUUUAGCCCAUUGGCUAAAGUAAGAGAUAUGCUUAAACUUGUAGCAUAUAUUAAUUGUUGCAUGUGAAUGGUCCAAUCUAUGUGGCAAUGACUUUUCCCUAGCUUUAUAAGUCACCUUAUAUAUACAGACAAUUUAUUUGACAUUUAUCCAAGUACGUAUACAGUAUCCAUAUUUCUCUUCUAGUUUGUAGUGUUUCGUGUUAAUUGCAAUUUUAAAGCACAACUUUACAAAUCUUUAUAUAGAUGGUUUGGUUGUGGCUGAGAAAUUAGUUGUACUAUAUAACAUAACUUCGUUUCAUUUGUGAAUAUUUUGCAUUACAUAUCUACUUGUUAAGAUAUUUUUACAGAAUGAAGAUGAAGUUUACAUGAAGUAAAAAUCCAUAAUUUGAAGAAUAAAAAGCUUAACAGCCUCAUUUCCUGCUGAAUAGAAGUUGCCUAUUUUAUUUUGUAUUUUGAUAUAAUAUAUUACACAUUGAAGAAAAACAAAUCAAUAUAAAUUGAGAAAAAAAAUCAUAUAAUGGUCACAUUAUACAUGUAGCUGCUUCAUAAGAGUGAUAUUUAAAGCCAGGCCCGGGAAUCUGAAAUAACCAUGUACUUUAUUACUAUGGUGUGGAAAUAUGUAAACAUUGGGGUAAAGUAGCAACCAGUUUUGUGCAUUAAAGUAUUGUUUUAAAGCUGCACUCUCACAGAUUUACCGUUUUGACAACUUUUUAAUUUUUUGUCUCGGAAUGAGCCAAUUUCUGCAUAAAUAUCUGAAAACCAGUGAUAUAAGCCUGCUGACAAAAGAUCAGAUCGCAGAUUUUCAUAUUUCCAUUAAAAAGUUAUUGUUUUAUGGCUAAAAGCAUGAUGGUUUAACAAAAAUGCAUAAAACAUAUGUUUUUUAACUUAAAAAUGACAUUCUAAUAUUACAGGUUUUCUUACACUUUCGCAUACAUUUGUAAAAAACGUUUAAUCUGUGAGAGUGCAGUGUUAAAAGAAAACCUGGUUAAGUAAAAGCUUCACCAUUUAUAUGCACACAAUUAUUGCUGAGCUAUCUUUACCUAUUGUAAAGGGUUUCAUGUACGCUUAUAUAGGCAGUUUUUGUUCAGAACAGAUGUCUAAUAAUUGAUACACUUUCUUCCAAAACAUAAAGGAGUAGAAACUAAAUAAAUUAAUAAUAGAAUGAAGAAUAUACAUAUAGGCUAGGAAUAAAUAAAAAAAAACUGUCCCCUGUGGUUAUACAUGAUCAUAGUAUGGGUGGUUAUUAAAAUGUAAACAAAUCAAUUUUUUACUUAUUCCUUGCCUAAAUGUAUAUAUAUAUAUAUAUAUAUAUAUAUAUAUAUAUAUAUAUAUAUAUAUAUAUAUACAUACAUACAUGCUAGGGAUGAUCAAAAAUAAUUUCCUUCUGCUCCCCAUGUGUAUAACUGAUUGGAAAAAAAACAAAAAUCAAGAUGUAAGAAUUAAAUCUGAAAAUUGAAGUGAAAUUGAUGUUAUGAUCUUUAAGAAAUAUCUUUGUUAAUGAGUUACUGUAGUACUUGCAUGAUUUUGUUUCUGAUAAAAAUGUUGAGUUAUAGGUGAAGGUUAUUAUGUAUCUUUUGUAUCUCAAUAUUACUGUGUUUAUUAAUGUUUUUGUUGAACAGUUAAGUGUCUGUAAUUAAAGUUAAGACUAAUUUUGUAAUAACAGUUAAGUCUGAUUCUGUAAUAACAGUUAAUCCUGAUUCUGUAAUAACAGUUAAGUCUGAUUCUGUAAUAACAGUUAAGUCUGAUUCUGUAAUAACAGUUAAUCCUGAUUCUGUAAUAACAGUUAAGCUUAAUUCUGUAAUAACAGUUAAGCCAGAUUAUGAUAUAACAGUUAAGCCAGAUUCAGAAAUAACAGUUAAUCUUAAUUCUGUUAGAACAGUUAAGUCUAAUUCUGGAAUAACAGUAAAGCCAGAUUCAGAAAUAACAGUUAAGCCUAAUACUGUUAUAACAGUUAAGCCUAAUUCUGGAAUAAUAGUUACGCCAGAUUCAGACAUAACGGUUAAGCCUAAAUUCUGUAAUAACAGUAAAGCCUGAAUCUGUAAUUGCAUAAAUAUAACCGGCUUUGUGACUACUAUCAAUGUUGUAGAAGAAUGACAGCUAUGCUUAAAUUCAUUCUGUGUGAAAACUAAAUGUUAUUUUUUUCCCUACUAUUUGUUUCUAAUAAAAAACAGGGAGGUUACAUGAUAUCAAAAUGCACAGUUUGUUACGGCAGUUUUGCUAAGUAGAAAUGCUAGCUCAUAUAUUUUUCUGUAGAUAAGCAAAUAAAGAAACUAUGUACCUUUUCUAAUCAUUCAAGACAGCAGUGACUAGGAUGUUUAGAUUUUUAUAAAAAGUAACUUAUAUCCAUACCAGAUUUAUCCAGAAAAUGGACUAUUUAUAUAAUGUUAAUUUCUGUUUAAUUUUUUAGGUGAUCUGUUUUUCGAAGAAAAAAAAUUGAGGUCAUGUUAUAGCGUUGAUGUCAUUGUUGGCAGUGGCAAACCAUUGCCAGGAAAAUGUUUAAUGUUAUCCAAAAAUGAUAUUCAAAUGAAACUUGAUACAAUACAUGGCCAGUAUGUCCCUUGUUCAACUGCAAAAAAAUAGUAGACAGCCAUUGUUUGUUACAAGCAACAAUUUUUAAUUAAUAAAAGUUCAUUUGAAAGGGAAAAAAACAGCACCUUUCCUCAUGUAUAGUUUUUUUGUAUUGGCUAUUUUAUCUGUUCUGUUCAACCUAGUGCAAUAGAAUAUUAAACAAAAUUGUUAUAGUGGAAAAUAAAAUGUGACAAGUUUGCCUUGUAAAAUAUUUAAGUUUUCUUUUCAAGCUUUUGAAAACUGAGUUUGGUUUUAGUUGUUUUAGUUGUUUUUUUUCUACUGUUCAUACUGUUUUUCUGACAUUUUCCUGUUAUUACAGUUAAGUGCUCAAAAUUAUGUUUUGUCUACUGGCUUCGGCUGUUUAAAUCAACCCAUCUACCUGAUUAAAAUCAAUAUCCCCUGACUGCUGAUUUACCAAAAUAAAUGUACAGCGAAUAUGAAAAAUACUGUCAUCCCAUUGGACAAAAUAUAAUUCUGAACACUAAAAUACAUUUCUAUACAAAUAUGUAACUUCUGUUUAUGUUUUUUGUUUUUGUUUCAAUUCUCGAGCUCAACUUGCUUUAUUUACAAGGUGUAUAAACUCUUAAAUAGGCACUGUUACACGUUCAAGAGCUUCGUUGUUGAUAUUCAAUAUUUUUAACACCAGUAGGUGAAAGAAAAAUGUACUUACUGUCUGUAUACAGUAUAGUAAUAUACAUAUAUACACCAGGAGAUAUUUAUGUAUAUUAACAAGACACAUUUUAUUGACAUUGUUUUUCUUUUUUAUUUAAACAUGUUGGUAAAAGGUGAAGUUAAGUAAACACAAUGUAUUGUAGUGUUUUAUCUUGAAAGGGUAUACCAUUUCUGCAGUUCCUAACAGUAGCCCCUUUAUAUUACGGCACAAAAUUUCUGUUACCUAAAAAACAACACUUAAGAGUGGUGAUUCUUUGUUUGUUAAUUUAGUUCUUUAUAUCCUCGUCCAAAAGUCAAGCCUCAGUGAUUCCAUUCAGUCCAUUGGCCAGUUAUUUUUACAGUCCAAUCAAAACACUUGGAUUGAAUAUGGCUCCUAAUUUUAAAAGUCAUUUUUACAGUCCAAUUAAAACACUUGGAUUCUAAUCUUAAAUUCGCGUUAAAUCUAAAUUGUAAUUGAAUGAGGCUCCUGAUCCUUUAGAAAUAUUAUUGUUUUUAUCAAAAAGAUUGCGUUUAAGUGAACACACUUCAAUACAUUGUGGAUGUGAUGGGGUCAAGCUUUGUCAGAGUAAUGUUAGUGUUGACACUGCGCUGUUUAGCCUUUACAUUUUGUUAUAAUGUGUUUUUUCAGUUGAAGUGUAUGGGAUGUUGAAAUCUUCCUACGUUAAUUUGAAUACUUGGGUGUGGUAGCCAUUACUCCUACAUGUUAACCAUCCCUAUAACACAGCUUAGGUUUCAUUGGUCCUUGAACCAACCUUAUAAAACAGCUUGGGUUUCAUCGGUCCUUGAACCAUCCCUAUAACACAUCUUGGGUUUCAUCAGCCCUUGAAUAUUCUCAUGAAUUAAAUAUUGCUUAUUUGAUUGCAUGUAUUAGGCAGAUUUGAAAAAGAGAAUUUUGGCCUAAUUAUUAAAAAAAUGUACAAUUUUAAGGACCAAGUUUUUUUGGGGGAAAAUAAAACAAUAUUUCAAACCAGUAAAAAUAGUAAUAUCUUUAUAGAGACAUAAGUGAAUUUUAAGACCUAAUCUUUUUAGAAACUCUUUGAAACUCAUAUGAGUUGCUGUGUUGUAUGUGAGGGUUGAUAUGUGGGUAGUCAAUGUUCCGUCUGCUGCAUCUUGUGUAGAAUGUACAUGUUGUAGUGACCACUGUCUCACUCUAUCUGUCAUUUACAAGCUGAUAUCGGUAGGGUGUGGAUGGCACUAGUAAACUCUGUAACCUAUA